AAUAGGUGUCUAACAGGAAGAACCAGAUUCUCCAGGUGUGAAGUAAACAAUCUGUUCUUCGUGUGUGAUAUUAACAGCAAAAGUACAAGUUUAUCUUCAACUUAUUUGACUUCAUUAUUUGGCUUUCGAUUAACUAUAUUGACACCAUACAGAGAUUAGCCUAUGUCCUAUAAGACAGAGAAAUAAGUAAUUUGGUCAAACAUUACAUUAGACGGCACUCAGAUUUUCUCUCAAAGGAAGGACUCCAACACCACAGGUGGAAAAACAAGAGGAACAAGACAGAAAAGGGGAAAGGGAAGAUGAAAGACCGACUUCAAGAACUAAAGCAAAGAACAAAAGAAAUUGAACUGUCUAGAGAUGGUCAGAUACUGACAACAGAAGCAGAGGAUCAAGGGAUAUUUAUGCAGCAAGCUGUUGUUUAUGAAAGAGAGCCUGUAGCUGAGAAACACCUAAAUGAGAUCCAAAAGCUACAAGAGAAUAUUAACAAUUUGGCAAAUGAUGUUCAAAGAUAUGGACAGCAACAGAAAAGUCUGGUAGCUUCAAUGAGAAGGUUUAGCCUACUUAAGAGAGACUCUAGCAUCGCAAAGGAGAUAAAAACCCAAGCAGAACACAUUAAUAGAGGUUUAUGUGACUUAGUUAAAGAAGUUAAAAAGUCAGAGGUCGAAAAUGGUCCAUCAUCAGUGAUCACAAGGAUACUUAAAUCUCAGUAUGCUGUGAUGUUUCACCAUUUUCAGCAAACCAUGUUUAUGUACAAUGACACAAUAGAGGCAAAGCAGGAGAAGUGCAAGACAUUUAUUUUCCGUCAGCUUGAAGUUGCUGGAAAAGAAGUUCCUGAAGAAGAAGUAAAUGAUAUGCUUCAUCAAGGAAAAUGGGAAGUUUUUAAUGAAAGCUUACUUGCAGAAAUCAUUAUCACUAAAGCACAACUCUCAGAAAUUGAACAGAGACACAAGGAACUUGUUAAUCUGGAGAACCAAAUAAAGGAUUUAAGGAAUCUUUUCAUUGAAAUUUCUCUUAUGGUAGAGGAACAAGAAGAGAACAUCAACAAUAUUGAAAUGAUUGUGAGCAGUACUAAAGAUUAUGUUAACAACACUAAAGAGAAAUUUGGACUAGCUAUAAAAUACAAAAGAAGAAAUCCUUUUAAGGCACUAUGUUGUUACUGCUGUCCAUGCUGUUGCUCAAAAUAAAGAAGUUAUUUUA